AUGGGAGUUGUCGACACUGCCUGCCGUCGUGGCAUGAGCCUUCGUGCUCUCAAUGCUGCUCGCUCGAGCGUUGCCAGCCAGACCCGCGGCUUCGCGACUCCCACUUUUAACACCUCGAAUCCUCGUAUCCCGCCGUACCUCAAGCUCGCAAACAAUUAUGCCAAGGUCAAGGAAGUCUUGGGCAAGGGCACUGCCCUCACUCUCGCCGAGAAGAUCCUCUACAGCCAUCUCGACAAUGUCGAAGAGUCGCUCAUGAAUGGCACCAACGGCGGCCGCGAUAUCCGUGGCUCCGCCAACCUCAAGCUCAAGCCCGACCGUGUCGCCAUGCAGGACGCCUCGGCCCAGAUGGCCCUCCUGCAAUUCAUGACCUGCAACCUGCCCUCAACCGCCAUUCCCGCCAGCAUCCACUGCGACCACUUGAUUGUUGGUGAGCGUGGUGCAAAGGAGGAUCUCGAGACCGGCAUCAACACCAACAAGGAGGUCUUCGACUUCCUCGAGUCGGCCGGCAAGAAGUACGGCAUCGAGUUCUGGCCCCCAGGGGCCGGCAUCAUCCACCAGAGCGUCCUCGAGAACUAUGCCGCCCCUGGUCUUAUGAUGCUCGGAACCGACAGCCACACCCCUAACGCCGGCGGGCUGGCCACCAUCGCCAUUGGCGUUGGAGGUGCUGAUGCUGUGGAGGCGCUCGUCGGUGCUCCCUGGGAGCUCAAAGCCCCUCGCGUCCUCGGUGUCGAGCUCAAGGGCAAGCUGAAUGGCUGGGCCUCGCCUAAGGACAUCAUCCUCCACCUUGCUGGCAAGCUGACUGUCCGUGGUGGAACCGGCUACAUCAUCGAGUACUUUGGGGAAGGCGUGGAGACCCUCAGCUGUACGGGCAUGGCAACAAGCACGAACAUGGGAGCAGAGGUCGGAGCCACAACGUCGAUUUUCCCAUUCAGCCCCGCGCAUGUCAGAUACCUUGAGGCUACCCAAAGGCGGGAUGUGGCAGAGGAGGCAAAGAAGUUUGAUGCCAUUGUGGGACUGCGAGCGGACCCCGGUGCCAAGUACGACCAAAUCAUCACCAUCGACUUGUCAAGUCUCGAACCGCAUGUGAAUGGACCGGCAACGCCCGACUUGUCUACUCCUCUCUCCUUGUUCAAGGACACUGUCAAGGAGCAGCAGUGGCCCGAGAAGGUUUCUGCUGGACUCAUCGGGAGCUGCACCAACAGCUCCUACGAAGACAUGACCAGAGUCGAGAGCAUGGUCCGGGAAGCGCUGGACGCUGGCCUCAAGCCUGCCACGGACUUCUACAUCACACCUGGUAGCGACACGAUUCGCGAGACCCUCAGACGAGACGGCCCUCUCGAGACGUUCAAGCAGGCUGGUGGCACAAUACUGUCAAACGCCUGCGGACCUUGCAUCGGCCAGUGGAAGCGCAAGGACGGUGUCGAGAAGGGCACUCCGAAUGCGAUCCUUACUUCCUUCAACCGCAACUUCAAGGGCCGCAACGACGGCAACCCAGACACCAUGAACUUCCUAGCUUCGCCAGAGAUUGUCACUGCCAUGGCGUUUGCUGGCAGCACCACCUUCAACCCCAUGACCGACUCGAUCAAGACCGCCUCGGGCAAGGACUUCAAAUUCUCCCCUCCUCAUGGCCAAGAGAUCCCAGCCCAGCCGUACGAGCAGGCCCGACCAGAGUUCCGUGCUCAGAUCCAGCCACCCGACGCAUCAGUUGAGGUUGCCAUCUCGCCGAGCUCCGAGCGACUUGCGUUCCUCGAGCCCUUUGACGCCUUCCCCCAAUCUGAUCUCUCUGGUCUUCGUGUAUUGGUCAAGGUUACUGGCAAGUGCACGACUGACACCAUCUCCGCAGCCGGUCCAUGGCUCAAGUACAAGGGUCACCUGCCCAACAUCAGCACCAACACGCUCAACACGGCGACCAACGCCGAGACGGGCGAGGUCAACGUCGCGUACGACCUCGACGGGUCCAAGCACACGAUCCCUGAGCUCGGUCAGCGUUGGAAGGAGGCCGGUCAGCCAUGGCUCGUUGUCGCCGAGCAUAACUACGGCGAGGGCAGUGCGCGAGAGCAUGCCGCCUUGCAACCGCGGUACCUCGGCGCUCGCGUCGUGCUUACCAAGAGCUUUGCGCGCAUCCAUGAGACGAAUCUGAAGAAGCAGGGUGUCGUGCCGCUCACGUUUGCCGACGAAGCCGACUACGACAAGAUCAGCGCCGGCGAUGAAGUCGCCACCGUAGGCCUGUACGAUAUGCUGCAGAACGGCGGGCAGGGUGAAGUUGCGCUGAAGGUGACCAAGAACAAGACUGGCGAGGAGUUCUUGAUCCAGACCAAGCACGCGGUCAGCAAGGAUCAGGCUGGGUUUAUCCUUGCAGGCAGUGCGCUCAACCUGUUGAGCCAGCAGUCUGCGUGA